AUGACGGGGGGCGGGGGCAGGUAUGAGGUCUUCAGGAAACCUGCUGGGGGUGGGACUUCAACAGGUGGCAAAACCAUGAAGUUUAGAAUGGGGGUGGGGCCUCAUUGGAGCCUUGAGGGGAGAGGGAUUCCUGGCCCCCAGGGCCUGGCCCACUCAGUGUCUCUCACCCUCCGGCCUGGGUGCAGUCAGGGGGUCUGCUCCAAGCAGAUGCUGGUGGUCCCCCUCCACUACAACGAGUCCUACAGCCAAGCAGUGUAUAAGCCCUACCUGACUGUGUGCAGUGGAAGGCACGUCUGCAGCACCUACAGGACCACAUACCGAGUGGCGUGGAGGGAGGUGAGGAGGGAGGUGCAGCAGACCCAUGUUGUGUGCUGCCAGGGCUGGAAGAAGCGGCAUCCGGGGGCGCUCACCUGUGAUGAAGCCAUCUGCGCCAAGCCAUGUCUGAACCGAGGCGUCUGCGUCAGGCCACAGCAGUGCGAGUGCACCCCAGGCUGGGGUGGGAAGCACUGUCAUGUGGACGUGGAUGAAUGUAGGACUGGCGUCACCCUCUGCUCGCACCAUUGCAUCAACACGGCGGGCAGCUUCACCUGCCACUGUCCCCAGGGUCUGGUGUUGGGCCCGGACGGGCGCACGUGCGCAGAGGGCGCCCUGGAGCCGCCAACCAGUGCCAGCGUCCUCAGCGUGGCGGUUCGGGAAGCAGAACAUGAUGAGCGCGUCUUGAGGUGGGAGAUCCAGGAGCUGCGAGCGCGCCUGGAGCGGCUGGAGCACUGGGCUGGUCAGGCCGGGGCCUGGGUCCGAGCUGUGCUGCCCAUGCCUCCGGAAGAGCUACAGCCGGAAAAGGUGGCAGAGCUAUGGGGCCGCAGUGACAGGAUCGAGUCUCUCAGCGAUCAGGUGCUGCUGCUGGAGGAGAGGCUAGGCGCCUGCUCCUGUGAGGACAACAGCCUGGGCCCAGGCCUCAACCGGCCAAAAAGGAAACUCUCCAGAGCCCCGGUCCCCUAAUUUAUACAGAAACUGGCCCCGCUAAUCCUUUGGGAUCGGCCAGGUGGGGAAGUGCAGAUAAGGU